AUGGCGAAAUUGAGGACAGCAAUGGAUGCAGCUUUUUGGGACAUGGAUAUUUCUAGUACCCAAAACCUAGAUGGGUGUGCCAAAGCCAUUCCGGGUGACCCAUUACCUCUUGACUCUUGUAUAACUGGGAAAGUACUUCGUGUUCAACAACUUUCUCUUCUUGGCAAUGGCUUCCCUCUCGGAAUCAUCCCUUCUCUUACUCCAUCCCUUUCUAAAAAAGACGUUGGUUCUUUUACUCUUCAAUCCCUCCUUCUUCGCCCUUCAUUUGGUUUAGUUGACUUUGAUGGAACUUUAAGAUGUGAAUUGGUUGUCUCAUUGCUGGUGUUGGCUGCCAAGCUGAUGGAUUUUGUUGCAUUUGAUAAGUUAGGGUGGCUUGGGUUAGCUGGGCAAAUCCGUCCAAAGAAGUUGAUAUCUAACUUAAAAGAGGACGUUUACAAACUGAUCAAUGGUGAUGAAUUUGAACGUCCAUCCUUCAAGGAUGUAGCAGAUCAUGUCAUGGACAAGUCACUCUAUGCCCUAGCUUUGUGUACCCAGAUCCCUAUCUCAUCUUCGACUUCCUUAUUGUUGAGCUCAGAAGUCCAUGGUGAGAGGAAAGGACGGCGCAAUAAAGUCCUACUAUUCCACAAGUUCUGUGAUCUUGUAUUGAAAGUCUUCUAG